CAUAACCACCACAUCAACCGAACUUCCGAAUGGUGGCGGGUCCGCAUCGUCGAGUGUUGCGGGGCGUGCCUCGCCACGCUGGCGCGCGCCGACUCUGCGUUGCGCUUGAAAAAGCCACGAAUCUCCCCGCCGCCGACCCGGACCUCAACACGAGCGAUCCGUACGUGCUCAUCACGCUCGGGCAGCACCAGUGGCAGAGUCCGCUCGUGCGCGAGACGCUGCACCCUGUGUGGCGGGACCAAAUGUGCGAAUUUCUCGUCACGGACGACGACGUCACGGCGCACCCGGAGCUCGUGGUGUACGUCAACGACCUCGACACACUGCGCGUGGAAGACGCGCUCGGCGUUGCGCGGUUUCCACUCGCCGACUGGACGGGCGCCACACAGAUCCAAGACGCCAAGAUCCAGGCCUACCCGCUCCAGACACACCAGGACACCCCCAGCAGCGCGCAGAUUCAUCUGAGUUUGUGUUUCGAAGGCUGGGUCGCGUCGUUUCCGGUUGUCGUGUGGGAAAACGAGCGCUGGCUACCAGGCAGCAACAAGUGGUCCAAGGACAAUUUAGCGCACAAGUUUGGCGACCGCUUGCCCUGGACCGGCCCCGAGCACAGCGCGGUGCUCUUCAAGGACGCGAUUCCGCCGAUUCCGAGCGCGUUCCAGACGAAAGGGGCGUGGCAGUUUGACGUGCGCCAAGGCGACAACGACGGCUGGCUCUAUGCCUCGUCCUUCAGAGGCCCGUGGAAAACGCGAUGCACUCGACGCACGUAGUGCGC